GAGAAAUUGAUGGAUCUAAUGGGUGACAUUGAUCAGUGUGAGUUCACUAACUUAUUUUAUGGUCACGUCGCAAAUACUGGCUGGCUGGUGACCGAUUUGGUGUUUCACCUGAAAGACUUCAUCCACUGGAUAUUAUGGAUCUGAAAUAAUAGAUUGAAUUGAUUUUUUGGGGGAGGGCGUGAAAUUGGACAUGUUCUAAAUAAAAUAACGAUGAGGCAUCAAAUAUAUUUAGGAUUGCACAAUGCAGGAACUUAAAUAAGAGAAAGACUUAAUAUGUUUGGGGCUGGAGACUUUUUAUAAUUAGUUAAUAUAACAUUGUGGGAGCUGAAAUUGUUAAUAAACCCUAUUUGCUAAGGAUUUGCCACUGCAUAACAACAACAAAAAAAUGUUUGUGACAUCAGUUGGACAUAAUCUCUAUGUUUUAAUUUAGAGACACCCCACUGUCAUAAAUAAAAAUGCUCAAAUAUAAAUGGACAAUUGAUUUUGUUUUAUAUGAACAUGAUUUCAGGUUUACAAGAGGUGGAUGUGCUGACUUCACAACAAAGAGGUAAAAACUGAAUUUAGAUUCAGGAUUUGGAUGCCACAUUAUCCUUUAGGUUUUUGAUAGUUUCAUGCAACACCAUCUUUUAGGAUGUUGAUAGAGUCAUACAUCACUUGUAGGAUUUUUGCAACAACUAUAAAAAAUUACCAGCUUAUUUUAUAUUUUUUAAAAACUAUGCCACUUUAUUAAAUUAUACAAGCUACUCAAAUAAUUGAAAAAGAGACAGUGAAUGCAUCCUCUUUUUAAAAAAUUCUAUACUUGGUCUUUAAAAACCUUUAUUGUAAAUUUUUUUUUAGUUCUGGAAGCUGAAGAAAAUAAACUUAAAGAGAUCGAAAGGUAAGGCAACUUUUUUUUUAAACUGACGGAUAAACUUUCUACAGUAAAUAAUUUUUAGAAAUUUCUGCCUUGAUUUCACUUAUAUCUGAAAUUAUUUUUAGGAAGACAUUUCUCAAUAGACUUAUUGGUGUAUGAUUGUGAACAAAAAUUAUCUUGUUGAUAGUGAGACUGCCCAGCUAAAGAUCCAGUGUGACGACAUGGCCAACAAGGUGUCUUCGUUGCAGGAAGAUAAUCAGGAGGCUCUAAAGAGGAUUGCUGUGGCGAAGAAAGAGGUGGAGGCGGUUGAAGAUAAAAUAACCUGGAUGCAUAGGUAACAAUUAUUAUUUUGUGUACACUGUAGGCCACUUUUAUACUCCCAUCUAUUGAGUCCUCAUCACAAAAUUUUGCUGGAGACAACUGCAAGAGAACACCUAUUUUGUUUAUAUUGGGUUCUGACUGCAAGGUCGGGUUUCUGUCUGGCAGAUCCUUCUCUAUUGGUCUGCACCAGGUCGCUUUGAUCCUUUUACAAUAUCGUAAAACACACGUGGCUUAUGUGCCAUAUAUACUCGCAUGUAGGUCGCACCCUUAUUUUGGGGUUGUCAAAGUUGGUAUUUGCGGUUGACCCUCAGAUAGGUCGCACCCUACCUAAGUUUGCAGAGUACAUGUCCCCUUUUUACAGUAAAUAUAAACGGAAUUCACAAAAAUGUUCCCAUAGCAACUUGAAAACUGAAAAGAAAUCAUACACUACAAUAUCUUUAAUAAGCACUGAAAACUGCCUGUUCCUACUGAAAGGUUGGCGUAUGAAUAAGUAUGCAGCAACUCGGCCACCGCUGUGUCCAAAUUCACCUGAAACUUCUAAGGGCCAACAUUAUACUACGUACACACUCAUGAUGUGGUGUAAAUUUUGACUUUUUGGAUGGCUAUUUACGUAUGCUAAGAUACCAACCCGCCUUGAUUCUAUGCGAAGAGCCUAAGAGUUUUUUCAGCUAAUAAAGCUGACAUUAUUUGCAUUCAUCAAAUUGACCCUAAUAACACCGCCAAGGCCAGUCAUGUUGGCAUCUUUUGUUUAAUGUUUAAUAAUUUUAAAUUGUUUCAGGAACCAUGAAUAAUAGGAUCUUGUUGUGGUUCCUGAAGUUACAAAUGAAUUUGACCUUCGACACCCCACACCCCUGUUAAAAUUUUUUAAAAUCUUCUAAAUUGAAAAAUAUACUUUUUUUGUCUGCAAAUGAAUAUACCAAUGUUUGGAGUCAUGCAACAAAUGGAUUAAACCCAAUCUCACUUUAUAAAUUUGUACAUUAUAGUUAUAGCAAGGCUCUGCUGUAUUUGACAUCUUUGAUAAAUGUUUUGUCUAAUUUUUCAGUCUGACAGAAUGGAGCUUACUGGAUAAUACAGAGACACAAAUGGACUUUGGAUUUUUAUUUGGUACCAUAGCGUUACAGGUAAAGCUGACCAGUCCCAGAGAAGAGAUUUUGGAAGUCGCACUAAAAUCAAGGAUUGGAGGUAAUUGGGGAGACGGGUGGAACAAAACUCGCACUAGAUUGUUAUUAACAAAGGCAUGAGCAGUGUAGAAUAUGUUAGUGUGGUCGCUAAAUCUUAUGGCAUACUACCAUGAAUGAGUGAGAUGAUAGGUAGAGUCCAAUGAAAUCACUCAUGCAUGUAGCUAAAAAUGGCGUUUUAUUAUCAUAUUUACAUGGCAAAGUUAACCAUGGGGCUCAGCACUUGGAAUUAGGUACAAAGUGUAACAUUACUAGAUGAUGUAAUCUGAUUGGGGGGGGGGGGUUGUUGAAGUUAAGGGAGGGGCUGAUACUUCCUGGAAAAAGAUUCAUACUUAUAUUACUUUAAAGAUUACUUACUCAAUGAAAAGUGACUUUUUAUUAUUUUGAAAACCAUGGGCUAAAUGUUCCUUAAAAGUUUAUCAUUCUGUUAUGCUAUUGCAGCGGUUCUCAACCUUCCUGAUGCUGCGACCCAUUAAUACAGUUCAUUAUGUUGUGGUGACCCCCAACCAUAAAAUUAUUUUCGUUGCCACUUCAUAAAUAUGUGUUUUCCGAUGGUCUUAGGCAAUCCCAAUGUAAGGGUGGUUAGACUCCCCAAAGGGGUCAAUCCACAGGUUGUGAACUGCUGUGCUAUUGCUUUAAUUCGCUGUAUAUUCUCUGCAAUAUUUAUGUAUAUAAAAAUAUACAUAUAUGUAUACAUACAAUUAUAUAAAAUAUAUGUAUUUUUAUAUAUAUAUACAUAAAUAUUAUAUAUAUAAAAAUAUUAAAACAAACUUGAUUUCUUUCACAUCACAAUUUGUUAAUGCAUAGCAUACUGUUUAAUUCUUUGAGCAGAGCAAAGCAGGCCCUGGGCGAAAUUCGUUCACAAUUUGGCAAUGUCAAGCAUUGACUGUGACACGUUGAUGAGGUCUUACAAAGAUUACAGCCAGCUGAGAUUGGUAAGGAAAUUAGAGAAGUGUGUAUUUCAGCCACACGCAAGUAGUUUCAAAUUACUGUUGGUGCACAAUUCUCUCACUGUCGUCAAUGUAUUCUAGCUCUUGGUAACAUGAUUACUUCUUGGGCUCUAAUGUUUACAACUACUAAGUGAUUAAAUUACUUUCCUCCACCUGGCAGCUCCUCAAUGAUGUCUCCCUUGUCAGCUUAAACUGUCGGCUACUUGUUGAUGAGCUCAAACUUAUCCACCUGCAGCAUCACCUGACGCUCACAGAAAAUAGGUGGGUUUCAAAUUUUUGUUAUGCACAGCACCAACUCAGUGUUAAAAUUUCUGCUUUCACCCAUGACAUUGACAUGAUGUUAUUUUGUUGAAAGAACUAUAAAUAGAAUUUUGAAUGCUGCUAGCACAUCUAAAAUUAUAAUUCUGGGUCAGAUCUAAAUAACUGAUUUGUAGAUUUUCAGUGUUUUUUUUUUUAAAUUUAAACUAUUCCAUAUAGAAUCAAUAUUAUAGAUGAGUAAGCAUUAAAACUUUAGAUUAUUCAUAAAAACUUUACUUUAUACAUGAACAUCUUAGAUUAUACAGGAACAUCUUAGUUUAUACAUGAACAUCUUAGUUUAUACAUGAACAUCUUAGUUUAUACAUGAGCAUCUUAGUUUAUACAUGAACAUCUUAGUUUAUACAUGAACAUCUUAGUUUAUACAUGAACAUCUUAGUUUAUACAUGACAUCUUAGAUUAUAUAUGAACAUGUUAGAUUAUACUUGAACAUGUUAGAUUAUACAUGAACAUCUUAGUUUAUACAUGAACAUCUUAGUUUAUACAUGAACAUCUUAGUUUAUAUUAGUUUAUACAUGAACAUCUUAGUUUAUACAUGAGCAUCUUAGAUUAUACAUGAACAUCUUAGUUUAUACAUGAACAUCUUAGUUUAUACAUGAACAUCUUAGUUUAUACAUGAACAUGUUAGAUUAUACUUGAACAUGUUAGAUUAUACUUGAAAAUGUAAGCAUUCAUCAAUUAAGAGUGUUAAUAAUAUUUGUGCACUUCUUUAAGAUUCUCUGGUUAAAAUAUUAGUGAAUUCACUAUUGGAUUAAAAAAAAAAAAAUUUAAUUACCUCACUUACAUUUCUUGCACAUAUUAAUACUGCCUUUUAAUGCCCUUGUGGCUGUUUAAGAAGUUCACUGCAUAAGCUCCUCGGUGAUGUAAGUGUAACUGAGAUGAAAUUAAUAUAAAAAAAAUGUAUGCCUAAAUUAACACUAGCCAUCAUUUGCACUUGAGCCCAACACCCACCCCCCUUAUCUUGUUUUUCUUCAGUCUCUUACACCGAAUUCACUUAUUUUAUUCACAGGGUGACCAUAGUGAUGAAGAACAGAGAGGUACUUUGCAAGCUUCAGCUGGACACUGAGAUCAAACCAAAUACCUACCCAGAUACACCUUUGCAUUGGAC